AUGGAUAACGCGGCGCGCACAGCUCCGCACUCCGGCGACAGUCGUGUCGUGAGAGCUCCGGGCCACAAGUCACAUUUGGGGCAGGCCCCGCCACUAGUUAGAGAAGUUCUCCGUAAUUCCAAGAAAUACGUUCAAGCAAAGCCAAAUCUGAGACCAUUUUCGAGCCUCAAUUCGAGUUCACGUCCGAACGUCUGUCCAACAAGCAUCUGCCGAGUCACCGAUGACUUCGGUCGAUCGCCCCGCCGAGUCUUCUCGUGAGUCCGCCGGUGCGGGGCGCGGGCC